CGCAGCCGGCGCCGCGGUUCCUUCCCGUAGAAGUGGGUAGGGUGGGGCGGAAGGGGUUAAUAGCUGCCUGCCUUCCUCCAGUGUAGCGGGUGGUAAUUGCCAGACCAGGCAGCAGCCUGAGAGAAGCCGGUGGGGCUCGCGGGGGAAGGACUUCGGCUGCCUUGUUGCAGAGUCUGCUAAUUCCCGAGGAGUCCUUGGUGGCUUGCCUGCUGUUUUUGUGGCGCGUUUAUUUUAUUUUUCAUUUAUCUGCCCCCCCGCCCCGCUUCUUGCUGCUGCGGGACUUGCCGGUGUGCGCGUUGCAGCCCUGGAAGGAGCAGCUCUCCCUCUCGCCCCCUCCCAGCCUCACCUAGGGCUGGCGCUGCCUCUGCCAUUGCUGCUCCUGCUUCAGCAGCCCCUGAAAGUUUCCUCCCUGUAAGGACUCUCCUGAAAAGGAAUAGGGAGAGCCCCUCGCCUGGGGACCGCCGGGCCCCCUCUCCACGCCGGGGCUGAGCGGAGGGGCAGGAAGAGAGAAUUUCUCAAUUAAAGAAGAGAAGGCAAGGCUGGGGGUGGUCCCCUUCCUCCCCCAGUUCGGUCCUGUCUGAUCUAGGCAGUUGGUCUUGAUUUUCUGCGAAGGGAAAGAAGAGAAUUUUAAAUGCAAGCCAAGUUGUAAAGGAGGCGAGAGGGACCCGUCGGUGCUGUGGGUUGUCGGAGCCCCGGGAGCACUCGGACCGGCCAAGAUUUCUCAGCUGGUUUGGGUCCUGUCUCCUUUCACCGAAGGGGGGGAACUGUGGACUCAGAAGCAAGUCUGCGGUCUGACUGCGUCCCACCUCGUUUGUUUUAAGGACAUUAAGGAUAAUUAGGACCGCCUCAAGGUAAUCCUUUGGAGAUUGUGUCAAGAUGUAGAACUCUGCUCCCUGGACUAUAAGCACAUCUCCUGAUUGAAGCAGUGUAAUGAAAACAAAAUUCACUUUGCUUUAUGUAAGUAAGACAGACCUGGGAGACUUGGCAAUGAGCUGUUUUCUUUCCUGCUUUUAUCAAUGGAGUCUGAAUCUUACAAGGUUGAUAUGAAGAUAUACAUUCUGAAAUACUGAAGCAGAAGAAGAGCUCCACCAGAAGCAUGAAUGAUACACAGUUUCAAUCUGGUUCAUUUCGAGCAGUUUGAGUGUGGUGCCGUGAGAGAUGCUGUUGUCCAUGACAGGAUGGGAUUAUUAUGAUCAAAUACUCUAUUUUGACUUCACCCAGUGGCCAAGAGCUUCAUAUGGUAGACAGCCAAGGACUGGACUUUUACUAAUAGUGUAACAGGCUCGUGACUGAGGAGUAGACAACAUCGGUGGAGUCAUGCUUCACACGGCCAUAUCAUGCUGGCAGCCAUUCCUAAGUCUGGCUGUGCUGCUCGUUUUCAUGGGGUCCACCAUAGGCUGCCCAGCCCGCUGUGAGUGCUCAGCACAGAACAAGUCUGUUAGCUGUCACAGGAGGCGCCUGAUCUCCAUCCCUGAGGGUAUCCCCAUCGAAACCAAAAUCCUGGAUCUAAGCAAGAACCGCCUGAAGAGUGUCAACCCUGAGGAAUUCACAUCCUACCCGCUGCUCGAGGAGAUAGACCUCAGCGACAAUAUUGUUGCCAAUGUAGAGCCUGGAGCCUUUAACAAUCUUUUCAACUUGCGCUCUCUGAGACUGAAAGGAAACCGUCUGAAGCUAGUCCCGCUAGGGGUUUUCACAGGGUUGUCAAACUUAACAAAGCUUGAUAUAAGUGAAAACAAGAUUGUCAUUUUGCUGGACUACAUGUUUCAGGAUUUGCAUAACCUGAAGUCCCUUGAGGUUGGGGACAAUGAUUUGGUUUAUAUAUCCCAUAGGGCCUUCAGCGGACUGCUUAGCCUGGAGCAGCUCACCCUGGAGAAAUGCAACCUAACAGCUGUACCAACAGACGCCCUUUCCCACCUUCACAACCUCAUCAGUCUGCAUCUGAGACAUCUCAACAUUAACCUUUUGCCUGUGAAUGCCUUUAAGAGAUUGUUUCGCCUAAAAGACCUGGAGAUCAACUAUUGGCCUUUACUGGACAUGAUGCCUGCCAAUAGCCUGUAUGGUCUCAACCUCACUUCUCUCUCAGUCACCAACACCAACCUGUCUGCAAUACCUUAUUCUGCUCUUAAACACCUGGUUUACCUGACACACCUAAACCUCUCCUUCAACCCCAUAAGCACCAUUGAGGCAGGCAUGUUUGCAGACUUGGUGCGUCUGCAGGAACUGCACAUGGUGGGGGCCCAGUUACGUACCAUUGAACCACAUGCUUUCCAAGGGCUCCGGUUCUUGCGUGUACUUAAUGUGUCCCAGAACCUGUUAGAAACGCUAGAAGAGAAUGUAUUCCAUUCCCCCAAAACUCUUGAGAUCCUCUGCAUUAACAACAACCCCCUGGCUUGUGAUUGCCGCCUCCUUUGGCUAUUACAAAGGCAGCCCACCUUACAGUUUGGUAGCCAGCAGCCCAUGUGUGCCGGCCCAGACAGCGUCAGAGAGAAGCUGUUCAAAGACUUUCACAGCACCGCCCUUUCCUUUUACUUCACCUGCAAGAAACCCAAGAUACGGGACAAGAAACUGCAGUACCUGGUAGUGGAGGAAGGACAGACUGUGCAGCUGACAUGCAAUGCCGAUGGGGAUCCUCAACCUACCAUCUCCUGGGUGACGCCGCGACGGAGGCUGAUCACAACUAAAUCAAAUGGAAGAGCCACGGUGCUGGGAGAUGGCAUGCUGGAGAUCCGAUUUGCUCAAGAUCAAGACACUGGGAUCUAUGUUUGUAUUGCAAGUAACGCAGCUGGGAAUGACACGUACACAGCCUCCCUUACAGUAAAAGGAUUCACUUCAGACCGUUUCCUUUACGCCAAUAGGACCCCUAUGUAUAUGACAGACUCCAAUGACACCAGUUCCAAUGGAACCAAUGUGAACACCUUCUCUCUGGACCUUAAGACAAUACUGGUGUCCACAGCCAUGGGCUGUUUCACAUUCCUUGGAGUUGUUUUAUUUUGUUUCCUACUUCUUUUUGUGUGGAGCCGAGGGAAAGGCAAGCACAAAACCAGCAUUGACCUUGAGUAUGUCCCCCGCAAAAACAAUGGUGCUGUAGUUGAAGGAGAGGUUGCUGGACCACGGAGGUUCAAUAUGAAAAUGAUUUGAUGGUAUACUGCUAGCAGUGCUUUUUCUGUGGCAUUAUAACCAAUUAAACAAGCCUGGCAUGUGGAAUUGCUAGGCAGAGGCAGCUUAAUGCAGCUGUCACUGUGUCAAAUGGUUAUGUGGAAAUGGAAAGACUAUUUGGGGUUGUACAGUAGAGCCUCCUAACCUUGAGGCAUGUGUGUCAGGGCCUUUCAAAUAGUUGGUAAAUGGUACUAAUUGUUUGCAUUGCAAAUAUUGGCAUUCUGGGGAUCUCAGUAAUGAACUGUUGGCUCAUGUUCAUGGACAGUUGUUCAACAUUUUCUACCACUACAAAAAAGAAAGGGGAAAAAAACCUACAGUGUAGGAUUUACAUAUUUAAAAAGACACAUUUGUCUAAAACAUACUCUACAGUGAAAUUUGUAUCUAUAGAUCUCAUUUGUUAAAGCCUUGCAUCAUACCUUAUAGUUGGUUCAACACCACAAAGAAAUUGAUCUUAUCUUUUUUUAAUAUACAUAUAUACUGUGUACAUUUUAAAGCAAUAUGAAUGAGAGGUUGUGCUUUGAGAUAUCCACCGAGACUGACCCAAGUGUGAUGUCACUCCUCCCCUUAACUAUAGUCAAACCCAAAAUUAGACCUCUGUAGUUACCGAUGAGACAACACAAGAUACUUUUCUUUUCACGUAGAAGACCAGAGAGGCAUAGCUUAGGGCACAAAUGUUCUGCUCUGUUGAUCUUCUCUUCAUAUAAAUAAAAGGCAUGUGCCUAGUUUUGAUACAGAAUGGAAUAUUUUUUAUAUCUGUGAUAUCACACUGGACCAGUUUACUGUAACAAAGCCCUGGUUCUCACCCAGGAGAGCUCAACCUACUAGGCAUAGCAGACAUAUAAAGGAGAUAAAUUAUACUUUAAAAAAAGAGAUCUGUUUUUGUCACCCCUUGGUUUUAAUUUCCAAGCCAUUGUUAAAAUAUUAAUGUGUACUGGGAGGGGGGGGAAGAAAGAAGGUAAUGCAUUCUGUAUACUCCUAGGGAAAUAUGGUCACCUUAGUAUAUUUGAGGAAGUGAAUUAAAAUGUACAAAAGCUCUGUUGAUAGGAAUGAACUCUUCUCCAAUGCCAAUAAACCAGGGUUAUCCAUGCAUAAUACGAGGAUUAUGCGACUAAAGAAAUGUUUAAAACAUGAUAGCCUCCAAAAGGCCAAAGUACUGCCAAUUAUAGUGAACUUCUAGCCACUGUCAAUCUCAUCCCAGAUAUUUAUAAAUAGCAUAUAAACACAAACGCUAAUUUCCAUUAACAGAUUACUUCAGCUAUUCUAUCUGCCAUUUUAAGAAUUGUAUUGUCUUGGGGUUUUUUGGGACAAUGGCCCAGAGCAGGAGGGGGUAAUCUGUGUUUUUUGUGGAGGAGAGAAGGCAAGGGAACAUUGGUUAUGUUUAUAUAUGUGUUUGUUUUAUUCCUCUAAAGAUAAUGCAAAAAGGGCUCGGAACUGGAACUGUAAUGUCAACUCAUUGUACUGUUGGUAUCAAAAAAGAUAUUUUAGAGUACUAGUAUUUUCCAACUCUUGCUGGGAGAGGGUAGUGUUUAACCACCUUUUAAUGUCCUAAUAAAUAUGAGCCAUAGAUUAAUUUAUUUCAAUGUUUGGUUAACAAUUAUAUAUGAUUUAUAAAUUAUUUGGAAUAACUUUGAGUAAGAAUAAUAAUCAAUGUGUUUGAUUUUAUACCCAUUCUAGUUAAUCUAGGGUAAACUGUUCAAAAGUGCCUAUGUGAUUUAGGAGCCUACGUCUCAUUUUGAAGAUUUGACAUGGACACUUUGAAGCAUAAAUCAGAUUGACUGACUCCAAUUGGGACUUAGCCACUUUUGAAAAUGUUACCCAUGUUCUUUGGCUGAGAUUUUCACAGCAUAGCUAUGGGAUUUAGACACAUUUCUUCUAUUGUUAUCAAUAAAGGGAGGUGUUUAAAUCCCCUAGGCUACAGUCUGUCCAGGCAGAUCCCUGAUCAAGAUACAGGAUCAGGACCUAGAUUGCACUGAAAAUCUCAACCUGUUGUUUUCAGUGGCUGAUCUCAGUUUAAACCAUUGCUACAUUUCAUGCAGUUGAGGACUACGGGGGGUGUUCCCUUUUUUUAUGCACCACAUUAGAUUACUGGGGAUUUAUAUGAUGGGGACUAAUCCUUUUGUCCUUUGAAAUUUUAUGGAAUUUUAAUGAAAUGAAGUGACCCCUGAAUAAACACGUGAUAACGGAGAGAUUGUUUUUGCUGAUCAAACAGCAGAGCCACUGAAACACUAUUGUACCUUUAUAUGGAUAGUUAAAUAAAUAAAUGAGGGGGAAAAGAUGGCUGAAUUAUCAAUUGGAUACAUUUCCAUUUGCCUUUCCCUUGUAAUUAUCAUUUAUCCAUUAGCAAUCCAUUUCCCCUGUAGUGGUGAUGACCUGAUUUAACUGACAAUAAAAUCAACGUUUUGAGCAAAAGUGCUGCUGAAUUCUGGUUUAGGUGGUUGGUAUAAAUCCAAGUGGAUGAUUUUUUGUUUUGUUUUGUUUUGUUUUCUUUACUUUACAUUACACAAAAAAGGAAAAAGAAAGCGAUGGGAAAACCAGGAGGAGCUGUAUUCAUAGAAAUUAAUCUAGAAUUAAUUGUGUUUUCAAGUUUAACUAGUACCCCACUGCUGAACCCCCCUCAGCCCCACCCCACCUGGAAAAAGUAUCUCAGAAGUAAUGAAAUAGUUAUUGUGCUGUUAGGGUAUCUGAGCGGUCCUGGAAUUGGCAACUUAAAUGAAAAAUGAUGUGGGUAGUAAAAUCCAUAACUAUGCAGGCCUUGCAGAGACUUAGUUCAUAGGACUACACGCAGCAAGAGGUAGAGGAUUGUAGUACAUUCUGGGCUUUGUUGUCCCAGCACUGCUGUUUGCUCACAGCCUGAUUCUGUUACCCUCGCAUUAGGUAGUACACUACUCCUUUAGACAGCCCCAUUUAUUUCAUUGGGACUUUGCAAAGAGUAAGGUACCACUUAACAUGGGUAAAGAUGGCAGAAUAGAGCACUAAUCAUUUUAUCCCCAUUUUGUUUUUUGGCUUCCCAUGAACCUGAUCCUAUUAUACGCGGGCAUCCGCCAUUGCCUUCACUGGGUGAGCAAAGAAUGCAGGUUCUGACUCCAGGUAAGCACUUCGCUGCUCUGUUUGCAAACAUACGGGAGCAGUGACCACAGGAAUAUUUAUUCUGCCCCUUCUGCACUUCCAACCUAUGUCUUGUUUGGACCAGUUGCUCACCUGCCUUUGAAAGCAGGGAGGGGCUGCAGCUUCCUUUACUGCAGGCCAGUUUAGUUUCAGAUGAAUUAAACUGAGUUUAAUGGGACUGUUGUUGCUGCUCAGGGGUCUACCCUAGCAUAUCCCAGUGCAUGAUCGGGGCCUGCCAAUGAAAGAAAGUGAUCACAAAUUGAACACUUAGCCCUAGCUUUUACUUGUCUUUUGUCUACCUCCAAAGAGCUGGUUGUAAGGACUUACAGACAGUACAAAUGCAAGUGGCAUCCCGUGGUGAUUAAAGCACCAGAACUGUGAGCAGCAGCAAUGCAGUACAUGGUUCUUUUGAAAGGAAGAAGUUGGAAGAGUUGAGAGCAGCAGAAGUCCCAGGGGGAGAAUGCAUCAGAGGGACUGAAGAAAGGAGGCUCAUCACUCAUCCCACUUCUAAAAUCUGUAAGACCCAGACUGCAUCUCCCAAACAAAUAAAUCCCCCUGCUUUGACAAGCAAAGAUCACAUUGUGCACCUGCCUUGUAAUCUGUAGCAUGCAUGAAUACUGUGACUCCCCAAAACUGCAUUAAAAAGGAAUUUGGAGCAAUAUCAAAAGGAAAGAGUCACAAGGUGAUAUUAGAACAUCAUGACACUAGGCUCAGGAUGAAGGGCAACCAGCACCCAAGUACACUGACAUUUCUAGACUUCCAGCUACCCUGUGUGAUACGGUAUACAAACCCCACAUUGGGCCCGAAGGGGUUAAAGGACUGUACUGAGCCCAGGUAGCCCCAGCUCUCCAGACCUGCAGCGCUUGCUCCAGCUGGAGUGAAAGCUUAAAAAGGAGCAACUGAGUUCUGAAGAAGACAGACUUACCCUGAGGGCUUCUAGACAGGCGUGGCUAAGAAGCAUCCCUGUGUGGAAGAGAGCUGCUUGGUGGGGGCUGAAGGUUUAGUUGACUGUUCUUUUGUUAUCGAUAUUGGACUUGGAGCUGUGAGAAGAGAGAGAUGGUAGGAAGUGCCCCAGGGAGGGUAACUCUGAGGGCACUCCAGGGUGCCAGACACUGCUGACUCUCAGAGGGCCCUGGAUCGCAGCCCACUGGAGUGGGAGGGCCCAGGCUACCCUACCAACUGCCGCUGCUGCAGGGGAGCAUAAGCACAUUCCAGUCUCACUCCCCCUCUGAUACAAAGAGGGCAAGGACUCUGCAAACUGAAGAUGAAGUUAAACCCAUCCUUUGGUGAGGAACUUGACUGAAAGGCCUUCCCGCUGAGAGGCAAUAUGGGUGUGCUACCCACUGGACCACCUGGUCCCCUGAGAGCUCUAUUACACCCUACAAUAUUUUUUUGUUCUGGCCUUACUCUUCAGCCAGGCAACAUCCACUGCCAACAUUCUCCCACCCAUCAACUCAGCUGGACUCACUGAAUUUCCUCCCAUUCAGGCAGCCCAGCCUUCCUGAACAGACUAUUUUUGUUCUAUAUUCUCCUUGCAGGUGUCAAUAGCUGGCUGCGUUUUCAGAAACCAUUUUUGAAAUAAGGCAGGAGAUUAUGAACUCUUAGAGGGUUAGUGGUGCAAUAUGGUGUGUUAGGUGUGGGGCAUUUUAAGGCUGUCUUUAAAGAUUUCCUCUACUACAUCACCCAAAAUAUACAUUUUCUUUCCCAUAUAUUGCAUCAUAACAUGGAUCUGUAAGUGAUACCAUCACCAUGCAGAAAGGUAUGAAAUCACACCCUCAACGUUAUGAAAUGACAUAGAAAUCCAGUUAUGGGAGACACUCUAAAUACUCAUCCUUAUUAUUGCACAUUAUUGAUAAAACAGGAGCCCCCAGAGCCCCAGGAAGGAUAGCCACCAGCUAUGCUAAGCACUUUAUAAACUGAUAUAUACACGUUCCAAGAUUCAAGGGUAAUCCCCCCCACACACUCAUACCGCUCUGAGAGAGCCUGUGGUGAGAUAGACAUAAGAAAGAAAUAACUGAAAAGCCAUUUAUUUCAUCCAAUAGUUAAGAGAAGAUUAAUUGUUGCUGGUGCGGGGUUAAAAGUUAAAUAACCGCCAUGGGGAAUAACAAACUAUGUGAUAGGUCAACUGAUCAUUGGGCUGGUUGCUGGAGAGUCACUGAGAAUGAGUGAGAUUUUUCAAAGCCAUAGAAGCAGUUUGGAUGCCCAGCUCCCAUUAAAUGUUAUAGGACGUGUGCACCCAAAUCCCUUAGGCAGUAUCUCAGUCAGUUGCUUAGGUGAUUUCCUCUCCAUUUGUCUUUCUUCUAGCUCUUCACACACAUGCCCUUCACAUGACUUUGACCCCAAGUACUGAUUUGGAGGAAUUUCAUUGAGUAUUUGGGACCUAGAGCUCAAAGUAGAAUCUUACGAUGUGUGAACCUUGCCCAAGAACUAGGUUUGAAUUAAUUUUCCCUGCCAAUGAAACCAGCCAUGUUUUGAACAGUUCUCCUUGCUACUGAGAUAAUCACAUGCCGACAGCAAUCUGUAGGUUGAAUUAUUCUGAUUUUUUCCCCUUUUACUAGAAGCAGGUGCUUUGAUAAAAUGCCAGCCUGAAAUAGACAUCUUUAUUUAUAGCAUGAACAGAAUGAGAAAAGUACUGGAAUAGUCAAGAAAAAUGUUCCAUUUUAUUUUAUUUUAUUUUAUUUUAUUUUAUUUUUAAGGAAAACUUUAUCCCUAAUCUGCAAAAUAGAAAACAGAUGAGCAGAUUUUCAUCUUGUAACUUGCUAACUGACAUUUUAUUCUAACUGGUGCCAAAAUAUCUGUAUCCAAUGAGCAAAGGUAUUAAAGCAAAAGAACUGAAGCCAGACUUAUCUCAAUUAGGCUGGUGGAAAUCAGGAGUAACUCCAAUCAUUAUAAUGGUGGCAUUCCUGAUUUACAUUGGUAAAGCUGGUAUUGGCAUCUGGCCCUUUGUUUUCUAUACUAAGAGGGCUAGCAUGAAAAACAUGCAGAAUGUAUGUUUUAUUUAUUUUUCACUUCGUUGGCAUACGUUCUGUUCAGAUUGCUUUCAUAGUUACCAUUGCUGGCUGAGCAGGAGAUGAAUAUUCAGAUUUGCAAUAAAUAAAUAAACACAACAGACCCAAACUAACAAGCUGUACAUUGCUAUGUGUGGUAAUAGCAAAUCAGCUGCCAUAUAUACUCACGUAUAAAUCCAGAAUUUUAAGCUAAAAUUUCAAGUUAACUGUUGGGGAGGGGUCAGUUUAUACAUGGGAUAAUGAAGCAUUGUUUUGGAAUGCAAACGGUUAUUUAAUAACAAAUAAAUUUAUAUUAUGGUAGAGGCCAGCAAGGUUGGGCACCCACUGUGCUCAUAUUAAAUGACUGUCCCUGCUCCAAAAGAACUUACAAUCUAAAACUGUCUUAUAUGCAAGUAUAUAUGAUAACAAGUGUCUCAUUGUUUGGGGAGGGGUUUUCAUAGCAUAUAAAUAUUAUUAUAUUGUCACACAUACCGAAAUCCAUCUGCAAGCAUCUGUAGUUCAUAUGUAUACAUUUGUGUGCGCAAAAAUAAGUCACAUUUGAUUUUUUUUAAACUUGUGGGUUUUUUUAAAUGUGAUUUAACUUUUGAAAUGUGAUUUUUAAAAGGUGAUGAGGUAAAGCAGAAAAACAGUUGUGUUGUAUUUUAUUUUAAAUAUAUAUGGUAAUAAUUACGGAUGGGAAAUGAAACAGCCCCGUUUUAUGAUCUAUGAAGCAGAUGGCAACUUGGGUUUGUCUGAAAGCUUGUUUCAAAAUAUUGCUAAUGCUAAUGACAAAGAACUUUGUUUCUCAUGAGAACUGUCCUGGAUGUCAUUUUUUGUUUCAUUUUGUUUUGUUCUUAGGGCUUAUGUUACGGUGUGUAUCAUACAUAGCCAAAAUAACCAAUCCUAAAUAAAUCAUUCCAUGGACUUGUAAAACUUAUUGAGAAAACUGAAGAAAGUUUACACUUCCAUCAUAACAGUUCGCUUUCUUCCAGGAGGUAAUGAAAUGUAAGCAAGCAAAGAAAAAUUGUAGUCUACUCACAUUGAGUCCUGAAGUCCUUAGUCAAAACUCGAAAUGAAGGCUAAGAAAAAGGUGAUGAACAACAUAAUUUAUUUUAAAGUGGAUCUUGAUAAGUUUAUUAAUGGGAUUAUUUGACGAGGCUGUCUGUGAUAGCAGGAGACUGGACUCUUUGAUCCAGGUGGUUCCUUCCCAUUCUAUGAUCCUAUCACUAUCAUCCGCUAUAGGUUAUUGGGGGGCUUGAACCUAUGAGCUUUUGAACUAAAAGUAUGAGGCUGUACUGCUUGAGGUAAAGGACUAAAACUCCCAAGCUGGUAAGUGUAAUAGACCCUUUAAUCUCUAAUGUGCACAAUACAACCCCAAUAUCAGGGAAAUGUCCUAAUUUCAAGUUCACUGACUGGGGGAUUGUCAUCCCGGGAGAGUAGGGAACUUCAUCAGAUAAAACACUUGAGAACAUGGAAGAGCAGGGAGAUGGAUUGUAUGACCUAACUGGCUUUUUCCAUCUCAUUUGUUUCUAUUAUUAUUAUUUUUUUAAGCAUUCUGCCAUGAUUCACUAAAGUAAGCUAACUCGUCAGGGUUCACAUAAUGUUAGACAACAAAGUGACGGAUAUUUAUCUGCAUGCAAGAUAAAUAUCGAAAUUCUUUUGUUGCUGAUGGCAUAGUUCAGCCAUUAGCACAGGACUUCAUUGCUUUUGAGUUCUGUCUCCCAGCUAGCCACAUCUUAAAACUCCCAGGCAUGGGGAAAAUGUGAUGAACAAGUCAUGUCCCCAGGAUAGGUGUGGAGAGGGGGGAUUUCCAUGUACAAAGUUCAACCCUCCAUCCCUACCUCACAUAUUACCCUCUGUAAGGUCAAGGGCAAGCAAUUGAGCCCAUGAUGGGAAGAGACCGGCAGGACCCCUACACACCUGCCCCAUAGAGACUACAGUGGGAAGGUAAGACAGCCACAGACUGUAUAUUGCCUUUUCUGUAGAGCCUUCUGUGCUGAAGAAUCUCCUCCUUAAAGGCGGGUCCCAGGAGAAGCCCUAGUAGCAUGACUCCAUCGGAAAGACAUUGCCAGGAGGUAGGGGGACUCUACGGGAUUUGAAAGCGAUCCCAAAUACUAUUCCUUCUGAGGUAGGGUAAGCUCUGCCUCCCCCUCCCCCCCCAUGCCCUCUGGGAUGUGAAUCUUGUGGAGUUUUCUUCCAUCUUAGCCCCAUCUCCGGAGUUUUAUGGAGGGAAGAGGGAGUCCAGAGACUUAAUCUUAUCUUCACAGAGGUUUUCCAAAAUACAGUCCCUUGUGUGGGAUCAAAUUGUCUGCUGGGGAGAAACAAGUUAGAGCUUUACUCAGCAUAUAUCUACUCAGCAGGGGUAAAACCAGUGGAAGUUUUGCCAUGUAUUUCAAUAGUGCCUGGAUUUCUCCUUAGGUCUUUCUCAUGAUCAGUGCUGUUGGAAAGAGCCAGAGGUAGAGUCCUGGCCUAUCCCUGCCGUCAGAAGUCUCAUCUGCCCUUGGCACAGGGAGAAGGAGCUAGAGGAAAGGAGAACUACAUGCCGAGAGUUUUAUCAGUCUGUGCUGUCAGAUGCAGAACAGCCUUGUGCUCACUUUGGAGCUUUUAUUUGCAGGAUCACUGAACUAAGAUUUAACUGCUUUGUUGCCGUAAAAACAUGACUGACGCCAGCAGGGCUGUUUGCACCCAGAGGGAUUCAACUUGAGGAAGGAUAGGUGUGGUGUUAUCAUCACAGCAGGUUGAACACCCACUGGAAUCUCAUUGAUGGAAGCAGUGAUAUGGCGGUGCUGAAUCAGUGCUCUCCUCAGUCGUCCUGACAAUGUCUCCACCCAUCUUUGAGGCCCCCAAUGCUAUUUUCUUCUCCCCAGCAGAAGAGAGGUUUUGGCUGCUUUCUGCCACUGCAGUCUCCUCACUUGGCAGUGUCGAUGCCAGGGACCUCCAUCAGUGUCUACAUUGGCCAAAGCUGGUAUUAGACCUGAGGUGAAUUUGGCUCAUUUUCAUUUCCUUUCUUUUCCUUUCAAUCUGAGAAUACCAUUGCCAGUCUGCAAGCUGCAUUCAUCCCACCACCUCACAGUGAGUUGAGAACACUGCGGUUCAGAAAGAUGCACAAGAUGUCCUGAAAGAGCUCUUUGCCUCUAAUUUUUAUGAUUCUUUUAUGCAGUUAUGGUUGCUUUUCUGGGCUACCUGAUGUUGUCUCCAGAAAUAUAACCUGUUCCAAUAUCACAAGUUAUCAUCUGGUCUUGUCUGAUGUAUCCAGAUCUUACAGCGGACAGGUCAGAGAACACCAUCACCACCACCCUGGGCAAUAAAUCACUGGCAAUCUCCUUGAAAAUUUCAGCACAGGGACUGAAUGGACAUGGAGAAUGAACUCCUCUCUUCCCCAUAAAGCUGACCCCUUCAGGAGAGGUAUGAGACACAUUGGCAAGUCAUAAUAAGUAGUUUUCUGCUAUCUCCAUCUGGGGCAGUAGGAGUUUUGCAAGAGAUUUUUCAAAACCACCAAAUAUAUCUAGGAGCACAAUUUUUAUUGAAAAUCAGUGGUCUCUAUGCGCCUGGAGGCUCUAGGGAUUUUGAAAAUCUCUUUCUAGGGAUGAAUAGAAGACUUCAACGACUAUCAAAUCACUGAAAUUGCCUUUAAAUAAAUAAACUUUAAAAAAGUAGGGGGAGGGUGAAAUACUUGGAUAUUUUCCCCCCUGCAUUCACAUCAACCUCUAUUUCUCUUACCAGAUACUUGAUUCAACAUGUUUUCAUGUGAGCUGGAAAGACAGGAAUGGGGGAGUUGAAAGCCUUUCAUGUUUAAAUGACAAAAUGCAUCCAAAAGGUUUGUCAGAUCUCAAGUGAACGCAGUCUUUGAAGAGGAUAGGGAGGAAGGGAGAGUAGAAUGCGGCAGAUUUGUUGUUAACCCCUGGUCCCAUAAGAUUAUAUACUCCUGAGUGUGGAGAGCUCACACUAUCUUUUGAACCAUGUAACCCCUGCAUUUAGCCUUCCAUAUUGGGGUCAUGUUUGGAGUGGCAGCACAAGGGGGCCUGUGUAUCCCUUGCAUUCUCUGGAUUGAAGGAAUGUGUGCUCACUUAUUCCAGGAUCCACUGUGCGUUGACCAAGGGUCAGACUCCUGGAUCUGUGGCAUUGGCCACAGAGGGCAACAAGCUCCCCUCUGUCAUGCCUCCAGACUGGGGUUCAAUUCCUUCUUCCUUAAGCUCCAUGGAGCUCCUGACACAAAGGUGGAGUCUUUAGUCUCUGUGCUCGUAGGGCCCAGUUUCACCCUUAGUAGAAAACAUGUUAGUGAAACACAAAGUCUGAUGAUAGAGAGGAAAUGAAAUUGAAGCUCUGAUAAAAGAUGAUGUGACACUUGCCUCAGUACCUGGGGUCCUGUUCAGGGUUGCAAGAGCUGGAUCAGCAAUUAACACCUAAGGGAGUCCUUUAGCUAGUUAGGGCUGUAAUCACCAGCUGAAUGAGCUUAUUUACCUCAUCACUUUGUAAAGUGGAAGUUCUAUUUUUGUGAGCUAUUUUCCAAUAACUUUGCAAUUUAUAUUUUUCAAAAGCAUAAGUGAUAGAGCACACUUAUUUAUUAUAGGAAGACAAUGCUAGUAAAUUUAAUCUAUUACUUUUGCUACGAGCUAUUAGCUGUAUGUACGAAGACUAAUAGGUUACAUCAAUUAUAUAAAGUGUUGCUAUUUACUAAAACCAAACAACAUUUCCUCUUACAAAACUACCACACUAGAUUGAAGUCUGCACAACGCAUCAAUUCUAAUGUCCUGUUGGGAAUUCAUUUCUUGAGCAGAGAACAGGCUGCAAAGAGUUUACAGAGCCAAUACACCCCUUUGAUUUAUAUAAGAGCUUUAAUUUUAAUGGGGCACAUGGAGUCUGACUGUCUUUGCUAUAGUGGAUUUGGCAAGCUGUCGCAUUUUGCUAAAGGAAAUCUGAUCAGCACUGUGUUUCUCUGGGAUGGUCUAGCUGUCAGAGAGAGCAGAGGCCUAAUAGUAUAAGCCCAGGUCUGGGAAACAGAUAUUUCCAAGUUUUCAUCAAAGCACUAACACUGAAUCUGUGUCUUUGCCUCAGUUUCCCUAUGUAAAUUGGGAUAACAAUAUUUACCUUUGAUAGGGAAUAAUCUUCCGCUGAGCUCAAGGGUUAAAAACCUAGGGAGCUGAGGGUGUUCAACUAGUCCCACACUAAGGAGUGAAAAGUCUCUACACAUGGCACAAUUAAAGAAAAGACUUUAGCCAGAUACUUUGAUAAAUACUCAGAAAUCCAAAACUAGCUCUACAGAAUUUUCUCAGAAAUGAUGCUUGGGGUGGUAGCAGUGGUCUACUCUAUACUCAGUGGUUCCUCCAUAUUUAGAAUUAGAAUAAUGAUGUUUGCAGAGAAAUUGCGGUGUAUGACCUGACAUUUUGUGUCAAAGAAGCACAUUAACCAGCCUUUUCCUUUUCCCCAAUUCAAUGAUUUAAUCACUUAUACAGACCUAUUAAUGCCUAGGUUUUAUUUUUAUUUAUUUAUUUGUGUAUUUAUUUCUUUUGCAGGGCUUGAUUAAUCCCUCUAAAGAUUUCACCACCAAUUCUAUGUGUACAUUUGACUAUAAAGAACAGAUGCCAAAAUGAAUGCAAGCCACACAUGGUCACCUGCACACACAAAAAGGGGGGAGGGAGGGAGAAAGAGCUCAGAACUGAUUACUUAGAAAUAUUAUUUAGAACAUUACUUAUAAAAUAUACUUAGAAAGCUUUCCUUGUGGCUGAUCUCCUUCUCCUACAAGAAUGCUGAAAAACGAGGUGCCGUACAGGUUUUGAUCAUCUAGUCCAUUAAUUUUUUUAAAGUAAACAGACCCACAUACACGCCCGAAGCUGUAAUAGCUACAGGUACCCAGUUUCCAAAUGAGCCAUGGUCCCUGAUCUCAAUGUUUAUCCUAUAAAAUUUAACUUGCCAACUUACUUUGCUGUAUUUGCCACCACGGUGAACUGUGGCCAAACUGACCUUGAUCUUUUCAUGAAGAUUGUUUUAAUUAGCCAUGAGCCAAACAUUUACAAUUGCCUUUUCCCCAGCUUCUGUCUUUUGGAUCCUAUUCUGCAAUGAAGUAAUCAGCACAAACCAAGGGCCACAUUUCAAUAUCCUUAUUCAUAUUGAGGAGCACCUUGCUCCUCAGGAGGUCUCAUUACAGUCAGUGGGAAUAUUCAUGAAGUAAUAUGUUACUUGACACGAGUAGGAGUAUCAGAAUCUGGUCCUUAAUUUCCUCUUCAGCGGUCUACAAGGGAACAAAACAAGUGUGUGUGUGUGUGUGUGCGUAUAUAUAUAUAUAUAUCCACUUCUGCCACUCAAGAACACCUUCAGCUCAAGUCAGUGAGAACUGAAGUGAAUGGGUGUUGAGGAUAUACUGCACUUCUCAGGUCUGGACAAAAAAAAGGUACCUGCCCAGAAUUAAUUUGGCUAUUGGUCCAUCUCUAUUUUUAACAAUAUCUUCAAAAAGCCUUAGCAUUUUAUUUACCCAGAAGAAUC